UAUUGGCAAAAGUGAUGUCAUUUUUCCAAAAUGGCCCACGAGCUGUCUGCAUUUUGUCUGCAAAUGGUGCUAUAUCUAAUGUAACACUUCGUCAAGCAAUGACAUCUGGUGGGAACUGUGACUUAUGAGCACACAAGGCUCUCCAAUACUCCCUCUUACUCAUGCAGGGCCGAUUUGAGAUCUUGUCUCUUUCUGGUUCAAUUCUCCUCUCUGAGAGCGGCGGUCAACGAAGCAGAACAGGUGGUUUGAGUGUGUCCCUCGCCGGGCCAGAUGGUCGUGUUCUUGGUGGUGGUGUGGCAGGGCUUCUAACUGCAGCCUCCCCUGUUCAGGUUAUUGUUGGUAGUUUCUUGGCAGAAGGUUGGAAGGAUUCAAAGUCAGGGAUACAAGUAGAACCAUUGUCUUCUAUGCCAAAACAUGUGGGAGGAGCAUCAGGAGUUGGAAGUCCACCAUCACGUGGAAACUUUAGUGAAUCAUCUGGUGGGGGUGGAAGCCCUCUAAAUCAAAGCACUGGAGGUUGCAGUAACAGUAAUCCAGCAGGAAUACCAAAUAUUAGUUGGAAAUAAAGAUAAAGAGUUUAGGGUUGUUGGUUUUGCAUGACUGAAGACAUGUUUUGGAUUUCUGAAAGUAGGGUGAUUAAAUAUGUAAUGUAAUUUAUGACUUAAUGCUGACUUUAGUUGGAGAUUGUACUGAUAUUCCAGGUCAAACACCAUGGCUGGAUUGCAAAAACUAGGGUAGAAACUACUAGUAGUAGUAGAGGCCUCCCCUCGAGGUGGGUUAUAACGUAGAAGAAAGAGUUAGCUAGGUUGGGUUUUAGGUGAUUAUAGAAUUAGAGGUUUAUUUAUGUUCAUCUGUCCAUUUUUUGUUUGGUAAAUCAUGUUUAUUAUAUUUGUCUUAUGGCCUUAACAUAAAAGUUAAUUUGAAUUG